AUGCCAUCUAAAGGAGUCAAAUGCUUUGCAUACAUUGCGGUCGAUGGAGUCGAGAUUGAAUACACCGUUCCAAAACGAAGCGCCAGGCGAAGUGAACAACGCGAGUUUCUCUUUGACCACCUAGAAAUCGAGUCAUCCAACCUCCCCCGUUUUAAAUUCACUGGAAACUUUGAAUUCAUUGUCCGCCGCGACGGUCGGGAACUGACGAAGCAAUGGGUCGCAGUAAACAGCAUGACAGGCAAAGUCGAAGACGGCACAAUGGUCAACAUGGAGCAAACACCGGCCCUAUUCCCAGAAGACGUCGUGAUAACCUACGGCUUCUACGACGCCGGACCGGGACUCGCAGAACUACCAAAACAACACCAAUGCUAUGUAACUGUAACACCCAACUAUGAAAACUGGAUGCGCGACAAGAUCCCCCAGGACUCUGAUCUUGCCAACCGCCCCUUCCACAAGAUGGUCCUACCCUCAGCCCACGAUAUUGGCAUGAACAACAUGUCAUCCAGCUUGUCUCUGAUCAAAAACGCUGGCACAGGCCUCAUUCGCGAAGUCCUCGGCCGCUCCCUCCCGCGCGCCUUAUCUAUCCUCAACAAAGUCAGCGACGGAGCCAUCAACCACAUCGCGCCCAACAUCAUCCGCGCGCUCGCCAUAACCCAGAAGGACACCCUCGACUCUAUCCUGAAAAUCGGCGCCCGAUACUUUGAAUUCCGCCCCGCAAAAUGCCACCGCCAGCUCCACUCUCUCAGCUCCCUAGACGACACUUUAUACUUCCAGCACGGCGCUAUACCAGGGAUGCCCUACCGCGUCCUCCUCGACCACAUCACCCGCUUCCUCGCCUCGCACCCCGACGAAAUAAUAAUCAUCCACAACCGCUGGGACGGCGUCCCAGACGCCUGCCCGCGACCCAACCCUCAGGAACUCCACGCAAUCCUAUCCCCCCUUUUAUCCGACAAAAACCUCCAAAUAGGCUCUCAAGACGAUAUGCAAAACUCCUCCAUUCACGACCUGCGCGAACAGCACAAACGCCUAAUCAUUCUCUCCGACUUGCCCCAAUACUCAAACUACGACGACGACGCAAAUGCAACACUAACUGGCGAUUCCAUGCUCGAUCGCUUACAUAACAUGUGCGAAAACCCGGAUACAGAGAAUAGAGCGCCCGUCACGCUGCUGCAAUGUCAGGCUACAGCUACCAACAUCAGAGAUGUAAUCGUCGCGACGGUCCUGGAUAGCGAUGUUAGUACCAGUCCCAUUCUCGCUACGAAACCCGUGUGCGAUGCCAAGAUUCUGCCCUUGUUGAAGGGGGAUGUGGGGAGGAAAUUGGUGCGCGAGAGGGAAGGGGUUGUUGUUUUUUUGAAUGAUUUUUUUGAUGGGGCCACGGCGGAUGUGGCGGUUGGGGCUUGUGUGGAGAGGUUGGGGUGA